AUGUCCCGCCAAGCGGCAGCAAAGCGUUUGUCAGGCCAGCAGGUGCCGCCGGCGCCGGCGCUUCUUGAGCAGAGGCUUCAUGCCGUCAAGGGCGAGCUCGCAGCAGCGUUUGCAGCCGCUGCAACGUCGGCUAUCUCCGCCACCGAACGUGCUCGAGUCGCCUCAGCCCUCGCUCGCCUGCCCGACUCGGUUGCCGACGUCGUCGCCGAUCGUUACGCCCGCACAGCCUCGCUCGCAUCAUCGAUGGAUGCCGUGCCUGCGGCAGGCGCUCCGGUGGAUGGGCCGCUCUCCGCAAGCGAUCCGCCGCCACUGAGAGCCCAUCGCCUCCGGUCGGCCGCCGCCGAGGAUCGCCUCCUCGCCAGAAUCAACAUCAUUCUCGACAACUUUGUGGAAGACGUUGUCCGCGCCGGCUUUGUCUCCACAGCUGCCAAGUCUGUCGAGGCCGAGUCGACCGGCGGGUCAUGGUACGAUCGCAACGCCGCCGAGGUCUCAGCCGUGCUUGCCUCCACUGGCGCGGGCGGCCGCAGCAGCGCCGACGUGCAUGACGGCGACGCUGAGCAUGCUGGCACGAGCGGCGACAGUGGCGAGAGUGAGCGUGGUGGCCCCGGUGAGGCUGGGAUGCGUAUGGAGGACGUCGGUGCAAUGGCAGCGUCGCUCGAGUCGGCACAGGCCGAGAACCGCGAGCUGCUGCGAGAGAUCGACGUGCUGCAGGGCCAUCUGCUGCGACGGAACAAGCUCCUUGCUGACCAGCGUAAGGCGUACCUCAAGGACGUGGCCGUCCUCCGCGAUCAGCUGCUACGGGCGACGGGCGACGAGUCGUAUGCGCCCAAGUCACAUGGCUCGUUCAUGGACAUGGAGACGUUUGAGAAGCUCCUGGCGACCGGCAUCACGUCCAAGGACCAGCAGCAGGUGCUCAACGACAUGCGGGCCGAGCUCGUUCAGGAAAAGCGGCACGUGCAGCAAGUGUAUCUCAUGGAGAAGCGCAAGCUGACGAACAUGCUCGCCCGCGAGCGCGCGGCCAUGGAGGCCGAGUGCGCGGCGGUUGUCCAGCAGCAAGCCGUCGAAUUGGAGGAUACCAUCGCCGACUUGCGGGAUCAAGUCGCGUCGACGACAGACCAGCUCGAGACGGUCGAAGCUAGGUUCCGCGAGCAGCUGCGGAUCAACGACGCAAACCACUUUGAGGAGCUCAAGGCGCUCCGCGAGCACUACGAGGGCGAGGUCCACAUCGCUGGAGCAGACGCCCGCGCCCGCCUCGACGAGGCCGAGGAGUCGUUCCGCAUCCGGCUCGCAGACAUGCGCCAGGAGUUCCGCAAGGCUCGCGCGGCCCAUGCCGCCGAACUCGCCGAGAAGACUGAUACCAUCCGCAUGGUCCAGGCCAAGCUGGCCCGUGCCGACGCCCGGCUCGCCACAUACGACUCGCAGGUCGGCGAUGCCACAGCUUCAGCCAUGGCCACCCAGCACAAGCUCGAUGCGCUCAACGUCCAGCUCGAUCUGCAGAAGGACAUGCUCCGCGAUGCCAAUGAUCACGCCGACGCGCUGCAGCUCGACGCCGCCCGCGCUGCACUCCUCACCGAGGAUGCGCUCGCCAACACCGCCCGCCAACUCACCGCCGCCCGCGCCGAGAUCGCCCGCCUAGCCGCCCUCGCUACCGGUCCGCCGCAACCCUCGGCUGCCGACGCCGACGCCUCGGCCGCCAUCGUCGCCAAGAUGCACAAUCUCCGCGAGCGGCUAGUGAUCGCCGCGUCUGCCAACGCCGAGCUCGAAGCCCGCCUCGCCGAUGCUGAGGCUCGCGCCGACUCGGAGAUCCACGCCGCCGCCGCACGCGCCUCGGCUGCCGACGCCUCCAACGCCCGCGAGGAGCUCUACCUCGCCCGCGCCCAGACAGCUGCCCUCCGCGAAGCCUACGACACCGCGACAGCUGCAGCUGCUGACAACGCAUCGCGCAUCGCCGCUCUCGAAGCAGACCUCGCCGCCGAGCGCAAACGGGCCGACGAGCUUGCUGUUGCCGUCGAAGGCAAGGUCCGGGUCAUCGUCCGAAAUGUUCCGGCUCAGGCCGACGCCGCUGAGGUGUCGCCGCCGAGCGCUGAAGUGUCUACGCCACCGCCGGCUGCUUCCGCCGCGUCGCCGCCGGCCGAAACGCCACCAACCCGUAGUGUGUCGUUUGCGGCGCCGGCGGCGGAGGCUGCGCUACGUGAGGCCGAGGGCCCGGUGUGGGUGCCUGCGGCUAUGCCCGAGGCGGUGAUUGCCGAGGCGUCGCGUGAGAUGGCGGCAACGAUCGAGGGCGAGGUGGCAAUGUCGGAAGAGGCGCGGGCUGCGCUGCUGCGCACAACGCAAAAGGUCUUUGACCGGCUGUUUGCGGAGAACAAGACAAUCGAGGCGCGGCUGAGCGUGAAGCGGGCGCUGAUUCAGGAGGAGGAGCAGGCGCGGCGCGAGGCGGUCAUGGCCGCGUCGCACAUGCUGACGCCGGCGGCCGAGGACGCGUACGCCGCUGGCCAGGCGCGCCCGAUAGGCUCGCCUGUCCGUGGCGUGGCGCCAGCAUGGCUGGUCGAUUCGGAGGCGCGGGCGUCGCCGAUGUCGCUUGCCGGUCGACGCCAGGCGCUGCGAACGAUGCGGGCGCCGCCAUCGGCGCCGACGUUCCCGACGCCGGUCCAGUACGAGCGGCGCGCGUUUCGGGUGCGGCCGACGACGUCGUCUGGCCUGCGAAUGUCGCUGGUUCCGACCGGCGAGGCCGUGGACGACGCCGACGUCACGGUGGCGUACGUAACCAUGGGCGAGCCGAGCGCGACCGAGGUCCACGUUCCGGCCGGUGCGCUGCGUCCAUCGACCGCCGCCUCGCCGCCGCGGGCGUACCGCUCGCAGGUCUCCCGGCGGCGACAAGCGCUCCUCCGCGAGCUGUACGAAGAGGAGCAGGCGCUUGGGCUGUAG